GUGUCACUCUGAGAACCUGCCUGACAGCACUCAAAACCUAGGAUAUAGAAGUCGUUGCGCUUCAUGCUUGUCUACGGUAUACUUACCCAGUAUACUUGAGAGUCGACUCGACACAACGACAGCUCUUCGAAAGCUACCAUGAUCACUGGACUCUUCGCUUUUUGUUUUAUUCUGGCGGGGGCCAUCUUCAGCUCGCAUGAAGCAAAUGAUGAAAAGUCACCACUUAAUGCAACACUUGCUUUUUAUACGAAGGACACGUACUAUAUGAAGUAUCGUAGCUACAUGGAUGAUUGGGCGUUUCGAAGCUACAAAUGUGUGUCAAGGUGGGGAGGACUUGACAAGCGCCCAGGUGAUCCCGUCACAAUCCGAUACGAGACUAAAGGUUACGACGGAGACCCAUACGGCCACCAGUACGAGAUGACAGUACUGUUCAACAAAACACACAGUGAUACGUUUUAUUAUAACGCUUGGAGACAUUACGAAAAACAAAAUAGGAAACUUAGUUACUUCAACGUCACAGAGAAGUGCCAAGUUAUAGAAACCUUUUAUAAUGAAACCAGCCAAGGCUGUACGCUGUGGAUGGAUUAUUAUAGAGUAGACGAUAAUCCUCCAACUGAGUGCGAAAAUGUCUACAACACCUGCAAGGGUUCUCAAUCAACGAAGAUCGAGUACCAUGAAAAUUGUAAAUACAAACCACUACGUAAAAAAAAAAAUUAA